CGCCAAAAAAAAAAUGCCAGCGAACACGGCCUUUGUUUAUUUUUAUUGUGUGAAACAAAUAUUAUAUAAAAUUUAAAUAAAUAAUUAAUAAUAACAACAAGUUGAGUUAAAUUUAUAAAUGGCUUCAUGUGCAAGUUUUCAUAGCUAUUUAAAAUCCUAUUUUUUAUUACAGUCGUAACCAAAGUUCGAUCAAAUAGUAGAAAAUAAAACAAACAGUGGGAUUUAAUAAUCCAUGUUUUAUGAAAUGUAAUAAUUAAGUUAAUAAUAAUAAUAAUAAUAAUAAUAAUAAUUAUGACGAGAAAUUUGACAAAUUUCAUAAAAAUGUUUAUAUCAUGUAUGUAUGGGCACUCACGUAAUUUAACAUAUUUGAUAGUAACAAUAGUAGUGUUAUUUUACUGUUUAACUCCUAGUCGUUUUGCAUCACAUUAUAAUUUUAUAAAAACUCAAGAUAUUUAUAGUCACCUUGAAAAAUCAUAUGAACCACGUGAAAAUUCAUGUACACUAGCAAUAUAUUCUUACAACAACAACAAUAAUAAUAAUAAUAAUGAUAAAGACUUAUCGUCAUCGGAAUUAUGGUAUCCAGAAGAGAAUCCACGUCAAGAUCCAGUCGUGAUGGCACGUCGUCUUGGAAUUCUACCUGGUGGACAAUGGAAACCUCUAAAUUGUCAUCCAUUAUUUAAUGUUGCCAUUAUUUUGCCAUAUCGUAAUCGUAAACGACAACUUGACAUUUUUAUGAAUUAUAUUCAUCCAUUUUUACAACAGCAAAAUUUAGAUUAUAGAAUAUUUGUUAUUGAACAAAGUCCAUUAACUGAAUUUAAUCGCGCUAAGUUAUUUAACGUUGGAUUUAAAGAAGCUACUAAAAUAAAUGAUUUUCAUUGUUUUAUAUUUCAAGAUAUUGAUUUAAUACCACAAAAUCCAAAUAACAUAUACGCAUGUACUAAAAUGCCACGACAUAUGAGCUCAAGUGUUAAUACAUUUAGAUAUAAUUUACCAUAUACUGGUUUAUUUGGUGGUGCUAUUGCAUUAACACGUAAACAAUUUGAAAAAGUUAAUGGUUUUUCAAAUAUUUUUUACGGAUGGGGUGGUGAAGAUGAUGAUUUUUACAGUCGUUUACAAUCACGAGGUUUCAAGAUAAUGAGAUUUGGACCUAACAUAGCUCAAUAUUAUAUGCUAUCACAUAAAAAGGAACCACCAAGUAAUUCAAGAUUUGCUAAUUUGGAAAAUGCUGCUAAAAGAUAUGAUUCUGAUGGUCUCAAUAACUUAGAAUAUACAGUUUUAGAUCAUCAAUUGCGUCCACUUUAUUCCUGGAUUUUAGCUGAUGUAUAGUUAUUUUUUUUCUUUUCUAUUACUAUUUAUAAUUACGUAUCAACAAAAGAUAUAUAUUUUUAUUCAAAAAUUUAUAAAUUUUAAUUCAUAUUAUUUAAUCAUUCUCAAUAAAUUAAAUUAUAAAAAAAAACGAUUGGUUUUCAAAAACAUAAAUUAAAAUUAAUAUAUGUUAAAUGAAUAUCUCAACAAGUAAUUUAUCAAUCAAGUAGAAAAUUUAAUUCGUCAAGAUUAUUUUUUUCUUUCAACAAAUAAAAAUUACCAAAUAAAAAAAACCAAACUAGGCAUUAUAA